AUAUUUGCUUUAUUUCAUGUGUAUUAUUGCUACAUAUUUUCAGUGGCAUAAAAUCAGUAAGGUCUUACGUGGAACAAAGAGCAGGCAGUGGCUGAGAGAGGCUGUUAAUAACGUUGCUGUUAAGCACUGAAGAUUUCCUAGCUGUUGUCCUGCCUCAUCCUCAGCCCAUAUUUAAUGUCAGACACAUCUCGUAUUCUCUGAAUCAAUGCCUGCUUACAGCAGACCAAGAACCAGCACCUCGUGUCCUUCUCUGUUACGUCUGUGAUUAAAGUGAUGAGCUCUGACAUUGCUGUAACUUAGGAGGUAAAUGGUGAAGGAGCACCGUGUGCUGCUGCUUCGUAGCACUGUCACAAAAAGGACCUCAAGCCUUGCAGGCUGGGAUUCAUUCCAUUAGCUGUAGGAGCUCAUGGAGGAGGUAUAAGUUUCAAGGCAUCCAUUUAAAAAAAUAGGGGGUGGGGAAGGAACCUGUGGAAUUAUAGGUGAUAAUCCUAGUUUGGGUAAUUGGAAAAGCCCUAGAACAGCAACUAAAAGCACCGUAGUAGGUGACGCUAUGUACACGUGUAGGAUCCCGUAUGGACUUCUUGAGAGCAAACCGUCCCGAACCGAUUGAAUCUCCUUCCCUCUGCCGCAGUUCCUGCCCGCAGGCACGGCCGUGUCCGGCGAAACGUUCCGCGCUGCCCCGCAGCGGGGCGGAGCUGCGCGCUCUCACGGGCCGCUCUCUGGCGCCCCCUACCGGGUCGGUUUCGGGGUGGGGCCCCGGGGGGCUGCGCGGGCCGCCGUCUUCCUGUCACGUGGCGCCCCGCCGGCACUACAGUUCCCGGCAUGCACAGUGCUCACGGCAGGAUCGGCCGCUUCCGCCGUGCUUUCGCGUCGAUACCCGAAAUUUGAAAGUAAGUCCCAUGAUGCCCCGCGGGCGCCCGCUGAUUGGUCGGGCGGCAGCGCCGCGCGGUUCGAAGGCGGCGGCGGCGGGCGCUCGCAGGCGUUGGGUUGGGUCCGAGUCUCAGCUUCAGCCUGAGCCGCGCCCGUGCAGCGCGGCCGGUGCCUCUACUGUCGUCCUCGACCCGCUCGCGUCCAGGUGCGCCAUGGCCUCCCUCAGCUUCCAGAGCGGCGGCGGCGGCGGCUCGAAGAAGGAGAAGGAGGAGAAGGGCAAGAACAUCCAGGUGGUGGUGCGCUGCAGGCCUUUUAAUGCCUCGGAACGUAAAGCCAACUCCUAUGCUGUUGUAGACUGUGAUCAAGCACGAAAAGAAGUUAGCAUCCGCACUGGAGGAGUCGCAGACAAGAUGUUAAAAAAGACUUACACGUUUGAUAUGGUUUUUGGAGCUCAGGCAAAGCAGAUUGACGUAUACCGGAGUGUUGUGUGUCCCAUUUUGGAUGAAGUUAUUAUGGGCUAUAACUGUACAGUGUUUGCCUAUGGCCAAACUGGUACUGGUAAGACUUUCACAAUGGAAGGGGAACGGUCACCCAACGAGGAGUACACUUGGGAAGAGGAUCCAUUAGCAGGUAUAAUACCUCGUACAUUGCAUCAAAUAUUUGAAAAACUCACAGAGAAUGGCACUGAAUUUUCAGUGAAAGUCUCUCUUUUGGAAAUAUAUAAUGAGGAGCUUUUUGAUCUUCUGAAUCCUGCUCCUGAUGUUGGAGAAAGACUGCAGAUGUUUGAUGACCCCCGAAACAAGAGAGGUGUAAUUAUUAAAGGCUUAGAGGAGGUAACUGUGCACAACAAAAAUGAAGUCUAUCAGAUCCUGGAAAGGGGUGCAGCAAAGAGAACAACUGCAGCUACUUACAUGAAUGCAUAUUCCAGCCGUUCCCACUCCGUAUUUUCAAUUACCAUCCACAUGAAAGAAACCACAGUAGAUGGAGAAGAACUUGUUAAAAUUGGGAAGCUAAACUUGGUUGAUCUUGCAGGAAGUGAGAACAUUGGUCGAUCUGGGGCAGUUGACAAAAGAGCUCGUGAAGCUGGAAAUAUCAAUCAGUCUCUCCUGACUCUGGGGAGAGUUAUUUCUGCUCUAGUAGAAAGAGCCCCACAUAUUCCAUACAGGGAAUCUAAACUCACAAGAAUCCUUCAAGAUUCUCUUGGAGGACGAACAAAAACAUCAAUAAUUGCGACAAUUUCUCCUGCAUCUAUAAAUCUUGAGGAAACACUGAGUACAUUAGAAUAUGCCCACAGGGCAAAGAACAUAUUGAACAAGCCUGAAGUUAACCAGAAGCUGACCAAAAAAGCUCUUAUUAAGGAAUAUACUGAAGAGAUUGAGCGUCUGAAACGAGACCUUGCUGCUACACGUGAGAAAAAUGGCGUCUAUAUUUCCCUUGAAAAUUUUGAAGCCCUUAAUGGAAAGCUGACGGUUCAGGAAGAACAAAUUGCAGAAUAUAUUGACAAAAUCACUGUCAUGGAGGAAGAGAUGAAAAGAGUAACUGAACUGUUCACAGUUAAUAAAAACGAACUUGAGCAGUGUAAAACAGAUCUAGAAAUCAUGGAGAAGGAACUGGAAGAAACACAAAAGGAUCUUCAAGAAACCAAAGUUCAUCUGGCUGAAGAAGAAUAUGUGGUUUCAGUUUUGGAAAAUGCUGAACAAAAACUUCAUGGCACAGCUAGCAAGUUGCUUAAUACAGUUGAAGAAACCACAAAAGAUGUAUCUGGUCUUCAUGCAAAACUGGACCGUAAGAAGGCUGUUGAUCAGCACAAUGCUGUUGUCCAAAAUACGUUUGCACAACAAAUGACUGAUUUGUUCACCAAAAUACGAGAUUCAGUUAAUGAGAACAGUGUGAAGCAGCAACAGAUGUUGAUGUCUUACACACAUUUUAUAGGUGACAUCUUGUCUACCAGUUCUUCAGCAGCUAAUAUUCUUACAUCAGUUGUAUCAGCAUCUUUUGCCUCUCUUAAGGAAUUGGUGUCUACAGAAGUUUCCUGCAUGUCUGAAAAAGUGUUGCAACACGAGAAUCUGUCACUUGAUCAUAAAGCUGAGCUACUGAGAUUAAUUGAGGAGCAUGCAUCAGGAUUAGGAAGUGCAUUAAACAGCUUGACACCAAUGGUAGAAUUUGUCUUGGGCCUAAACUGUCAGUUUCAGACUAACAUGAAAAAAUAUUCAGCUGUGGUUGAUAAGAUGGAAGGUCAUAAAAAAGAAACGGAUACCUUCUUUGAAGAUCUUUCUCUCACUCUGAAAAAAUUACAGGAAGAAACAGCUAAUGUUCUUGCUCAGCUUCAGAAUGAUUGUGAAAAUUUAAGAGAAGAAGUGGAAAUGACAAGACUAGCACAUACAAAGAGUGCAACUGAGUUAACGUCCUCACUACAAAGACAGCUUGACCUGUUUGCUCAAGAGACUCAGAAGAACUUAGCAGAUGUACUGGCAAAAAAUGGAAGCUUGAAGACCACCAUCGCUGCUGUGCAAGAUGAUGUUCACCUGAAAACUACGGACCUAAUCAGCAGUACAGCUUCUAAUCAUAGCAGAUUUCUUGCAUCUAUGGAUAACUUUUCUAAGGAGCUCAGGAUUAUAAAUGGUGAAAAUAGGAGGAUGCUGGAAGAUUCCACUGACCACUGUCAGCAACUUCUCAUCAAUCUCAGAAAUGUGUCUCAGGAUGCUGAUAAAUGUGCUGAACUUACAAUUGCUCAGAUAGCCAGCUUUACCAAUCAGCAGCUAUUGUCCUUCAGGGAUGAGAAUCAACGGUUAAUGUGUUUUCAAAAGAAAAACAGAGAAAACUGUGAUAAAGCAAUAGCUGAAAUUGCUGACCAAAUUGAUACUCAAAAAUGUGCUGAAGAGAAGGUACUAAAUGGCCUCCUUGAUCGAAUGAAAGUUGAUCAGGGGAUACUUCUGGAACAGAAGCUGGCACUUAAUGAAGAAGCACAGCAUGGACUGGCUCAGGUUAAUGGUUUCCUGAAAGAAGAUCUUAAAGUGGAUAUUCCAACAGGGACAACUCCACAGAGAAGAGACUACUCUUAUCCAGUCACACUGGUGAAAACAGAACCCAGGGAACUUCUACUGGAACAACUGAGGCAAAAGCAACUAAAGCUUGAUGCUAUGCUGAACAGUGUGAUACAAGAAGUGGAGGGGAAUGCAGAUGAGGACCUGCUAGGAGAGGAGGAAGGGAUGCAAGAAUCCAGUGAAAGCCUUGGUGGUGACAAGUACUUAGUGGAUAUAAACAUAAGCUGUCAUGCGAAUGGGGGCAUUCCCUUUUUCCAGCACAAAAGGAGCCACAAAAAAGAUAAAGAGAACAAAGCUGCAGCGAUGUUGGAGAAAAACAAAACUGAAGAUAUGACAGAACAGCUACUUCCUAAAUCUAAGCUACCCUUAAGAUCAGUGAACUAAGAUAUACGUACAUACAUAUAUACUGCAGAUUUUUAUAAAGUACUUUUGGUUAUCUACUGAGCCAUAAGUUCUCUUGGUUGUUCUGCCUCUGUAUAUAGUGAUAUAUUGGUGCAACAUUGGAUCAAAACUUGACGUGAUAUGUCCUGCCUUUGUUCUAUUUUUAUAUAUGAUGGCUUACAAAGUAUUAACAGUUUUAUUAAAAAAAAAAAAAAGCAACAAAAGCAAUCUUCAGGUUACAGUGCUGUAUGUUAAGUGACAUUUUUUAUCUUGUCAAGUAAUAGAUUGCUUUCUGCUUCUUAGAUUUGUAGUAGCAGGAAGGGAUAUGGAAUAAUGCUGUUUUCUUAUUGUAAAUAUGUGAUCUGUUUCUGUACCUGCCUUACUCUGAUUCCUGUUACUAUGAAGUAGAUAGUUGUCUUUAGGAUACUUUCAAAUAAAUCAGUUGUACAUGGAGUACAGAUGUGUACGCAUAUGUGGUUUCAGUCUUAAACUUGAUAACAUAGCUAAAGCAUUAUUAUCUCUGCAAAAUAGAUUCUCUGGACACCAUUCAGACAAAUGCUGAUGAAGAUGAGUAAUUUUGAUUAUGCCCUUGCACUGUGAUUCUCUUAGCUGUAGCACCAGAUGGACUGAUUUUUCUGUAUUUCUGUAUCACUUCUUACCUGUUAAUUUCUCUUUGUGGGCAAAGAUAAUUGCUUUUCUUUAGCAGCAGAUAGCAGGAGACAAAAGCAUUCCCUUCCAAAUGAACAAGGCAGCUAUACGUCCACAAAUUUAUUAUUUUUUAUUUUUAAUGUCUUAGAUCUGGCAUAUAAGCUAAGUACUUUCCAUUAUAUGAAGUUUGAAACCCCUAAAAGGGGUUUUGAAAUCCUGUUUUGUCUGUGGAAAUGUCUCCAUUGAAGUGGUCGGUGUAUUGUGGAAUUCUGACAACAGAAACAUCAUGGGCGUAAGAAUUUUCCAAGGCUUGGCAUCUAGGCUCUUGUACCACAUUCUUUAACACUGACAAGAUUUUUGUUAGUGUGAUCUAUGCAUUUCCUAACUAAAAGGCACUUCUUCAAGUCUUUCACCCUUAAUUUUUCAUACAGAGUUCACAAGAACAAACUGGAGCAGCCAGUGCCAAGGAAGGAUCACAUCCAUUAAAAUUAUGAUAGAAUCUACGCUUAUUUAUCCUUUUUGAAACUACCCUUAUCCAUAGUUGUUUGAUUUGCCCUGGUGUGAACACGGAUUGCUUUUCUCAUAUUGAGGACCUUUAACAGAUGAAUGAAUCUUUGGGACUGCUUGCUUUCUCUUUUCAGAGAGAUGUGUUUUCUUACACAUCUUACAAAUAUUAUUUGCAAUAAUAUGGCAGAUCAUUGUUACUUUCAUUGGGCCUGGUGCCCAGUGGUCACCAGAAAGCUGGAUGGGAUGAAAAAUUUGGAUACAGAGCCUGUCUCUGCUUCCUUGCCACUGUCUCUUCUUCCACUAGGUGGCUCUGACGCUGAAGUGUUAGUCUAAACCUCCAGCACCGAUUGCUAACCAUGAUUUAGGACCAGGCAUUUUGCCGAGGCUUUAGUUGAACAUCUGUUACAAGAGCAGGUUUGAAAAACUAAUAACUUGUUUCUGCUAGAAUAAUCCUAUAUUCAAACUGGGGUGAGGGCUUUUUUAAUGAAGGAGCUACACUUAAGAGAGAGUUUUAGACCUGUGGUUUGAGCUUUGGUGCAGGAUCAACAGAUGUUGGUACUAAUUAAAUGCUCUUUGAGAUCUCUGUUGUAUGGGCAAUCCCUAAAGUAGAAAGCAAAACCUACUUGUUUAGCUGUAAGAAACACCUCUUCCUUAACUUUGCUUACACAGGGCUAAAUAGAUACACAGCUUUAACCCAAAGAGAGGAAAUUGAUGUGAUGUAGGGUAGUUUACAGAAUUUGGCUUGUUAGAAAGUAUCGUUCAUAAGAAGUGUGGAAGUUGUUUCCACAGAACAAGUAGCAAGGUCAUAUCCUGACUGAGUGAGUUGUGCUGAGCUGGAGGUGGAGUUGUGGUGUGACUGGGAUUGCAGCAUACAGCCAUGUUCUAAUUAACCCAGUGAUUUUUUUGUCUGAUUCCAGAUUAGCAGCCAGGUGGCACAACUCUUGAAUUAACUGCAAGAAAA